GCGCGCAUUACAUUGCAUUACAGAAUUACAAAAGUCUAAGCAUACAAUAAACAAAGCAAAAAGAAUACGAGUGCGCGUAAAUUGCAGUAGAAAACAAAACAAACGCUUCGUUUUUCAGUACGCACAUUGACAGACUUGAAUGUACCACAACGUCCACAACAAAAACAACAAAAUUCAAUACAAAUUUUAAGCAAAACAUAUAAACAACAUGGAAGUCGUUUGCAGAAUUUGUCUAUUAAAACCAAAAUCAGAGUCAUUAAUGCCCACAGCAUCUGACUUUUAUGAACAAAUUGAACGCUGCACAGGCAUUCAGUUGAUGCAGGAUGUGCAAAUGGAAAACAAAAUUUGCACAAGCUGCGCGUUGCUGCUACGCGCGGCACUUAAACUACAAACACUUUGCCAACGUGCCGAGUCGCACUUGCAACGCCAAAGCGAGAAACAGUUGAGCGAAGCGGAGGAGGAGCAACAGGAGCUGUACCUAAGCGACUGCGAUAGCUUCAUUGGCAACGACAAUGCCAGUGACACGCAAUCGGAGACAUAUGAAGUGGCCGUUGAAACAACCAGUCUGACUGGCAGCACUGAAGAUAUUGUUAUAAGAAAAACUAAAGCGCCAACUGCCAUAGUCGCUAGCGAAACGUCUAAGCGCAAAGCUGGUGCUGCAGCCGCUAAAGUCAGCAAAAAGAAGCCAUCACUAUCCUAUUUAUGCAAUAUUUGCAACAAUGUCUAUACCGAAAAGGUCAAACUAACGGCGCACUUAAGGCAACAUAGUGGCUACAAGCCACACGAGUGCGAAAUCUGUCAUAAGCGCUUUCGCCAGACGCCUCAACUAGCACGCCAUAUGAACUCACACACAGGACUGCGACCAUACAAGUGUGACUUCUGUGACUCCUGCUUUGCUGAUCCCUCCACACGCAUUAAGCAUCAACGCAUACACACAAAUGAACGGCCAUAUAAAUGUAGCUAUUGCAACAAAUCAUUUGCCUACUCCAAUGUUUUGAAUGUGCACAUGAAGAUUCAUACGGGCGAGAAGCCCUUCAAGUGUAGUUACUGUGGCAAGACCUUUACGCAGUUGCAUCACAAAAACACGCACGAGCGUUCACAUAAUCCUAACAAGGAUUUAGAUAUUAGUGAAAUAACUAGCAAGGAGGAGUGACGUCUAACUGACAAUCCCGCAAAAUGUAGUACAAGUAUGUUUAAAAUAUAAAUAAAGUUAACAUUUGGUUAAUCUCUUUUAACUACUGCUGAGGUUUACUAACUUUGCAUGCGUGUUGCCUCAAAAAAACAGACGCAAUCUUCUUAUAAAUAACGUACAGCUAUGACUAACAUUAGCAAGUGUAUAAUAACUAA